AUGAGGGCUAAAUGGCUUCAAAAUUUUCAAGAUCUUUGUGUUGAACUUGCAAAACACGAAGGAGGGGUUCCAACCGUAAAAUUGUGUGCACAUAAGGCCUGCGAGAUACAGGCUUGCCCGGGCUUUUCUCAGGAACCCAGAUUGGGACUUAGUAGAACGAGCCUUGAGUCAGUGAAUAAUAAAGUCUUGCUAUAUUUUUAUUGGGCAUUUGGAGAAGAAGAGAGGGUAUGGUGGGCAUUUGGAGAAGAAGAGAGGUACAGAACGACAUUCAUAUCGUUUUAUGAAAUUGAGAACGACAUAGAUAUCGUUAUGGACACCAUGGACAUGGUAUGGAUAUCGGUUUGUUAUCCAAUUGAAUAUGAGCAGACAGUUGAAGGUGGAUGGAAAUGGAAGUAUUAUGGAAAUGGCAAAGGGAAAACAAUACCUAUUCUUGUUGCGAAAACAAUUUCUUACAUGGAACUAUAUGAUAAAGUUAAGGAGGCAUUGAAUAUCGAUACGAGUCUAUACAAAAUGGAGAUUUCAGCUCUUGUCCCGAUAAUGUCUAAAGCUCCAGCUGCACCAAUCAUAAUUGAUUGUGACAACAACGUAAAGUGGAUUAUAUCCGUCUUUACAAAAACUUUUCUUUGUGUAAGUAUUUUAAAUGAAGUUGUUGAGAAUCAGGAAGAUUUUGGUGAUGAAGGAUGUUUAUUAGUAAUAGAUGGUGGAGAACAAAUUGGAAAUAUGAACAACGAGGAGGAACAAGUUCGAGCAGACAACGAUGGUAAUGAUGACAAUGGUGAUGGAAUAUUUGUAGAUUGUAAUGGUUUUGACGUAAGUGAAGAUAGUCCCCGAAGGAUUGUAUCUGAAAGUGUAAGUUCGCUCUGUUACGAGACAUCAGUAAAAAUUUCGGAACGAUUAGAAAUGCGAGUCAACCAGUUGUUUCCAUCGAAAUAUGACCUAAUAUCAAAAUUACAGUUGCUAGCUGUGAAGUGCCAGUUUGAGUACAAAGUUAAGAAGUUAAAUAAGAGCACUUAUACAAUUGUUUGUAUUGAUGAAAAUUGCAAGUGGCGCUUACGGGCAACCAAGAUCGUAGAAAGUCCCAUUUUCGAAGUUCGAAAGUACAAUGGUCAUCAUUCUUGCUCCAUGAGUGUUCGUCACAGAGAUCAUAGGCAUGCUUCAUAUAUGAUUAUUGGAAACCACAUCGCUCCUAAGUAUGAAGAUAUCAACCGAGUUUACAGACCAAGGGACAUUAUUAAUGACAUUCGUCGAGAGUUCGGCAUAACCGUAAGCUAUACUAAAGCUUACAUGGCUAAAAAUUUUGCUUGUGGACUGAUUCAUGGGAAACCCCGUGAGAGUUAUGCGAAACUGCCAGCGUAUUGUCAUGUUUUGGAGAUGCAAAAUCCUGGUACACUGACAUUCAUUCAUACUAAUGAUGAUCGGCGCUUCAAGUACCUUUUUAUGGCAUUGGGACCAAGUAUACAUAGGUUCGUAAACUCAAUGCGAAAGGUAAUUUCUGUAGACAGUGCAUUCUUGACAUUGAGAAUGAAAGGUACUCUACUCGUAGCAACUUCUCAGGAUGCAAAUUUUCAAAUAUUUCCACUCGCAUGGGGAGUAGUUGAUUCGGAAAAUGAUGAAUCCUGGACUUGGUUCUUUCAGAAGUUGCGGUUAAUAACAGGUGAUACGGAUGACCUUGUGAUUAUAUCUGAUCGUGCAAAGUGCAUCAAAAAUGGAAUUAGAAAUGUGUUUCGAUUUGCUCAUCAUGGUAAUUGUACAUAUCACUUGCAAAAGAACUUGAAGACAAAUUUUCCACGGUGUGAUGUUGCAACUUUGUUUAGGGCAGCGUCAGAGGCUUAUACUGUAACCGAAUUUGAGUUCUACAUGGCAGCUCUAUGCAGUAAAAAGGAGGGCAUCAAAGAGUACCUAUUAGAAGAAGAUUUUCAAUGUUGGGCUAGAGCGCAUUUUACCGGGAUACGUUACAAUAUCAUGACUACAAAUAAUGUGGAAUCUAUAAAUGGUUUGUUGAAGAGUGCUCGAGAACUUCCCAUAGUUGGUUUACUAGAAUAUAUUCGUGGGAUACUACAAAGGUGGUUUUAUGAAAGACAUGUUGAAGCAGAAAAAUAUGUGACCCAACUCACACCAGCAUUAGAGAAAAAGAUGUGCAUGACAUAUAAUGAGUCAAAUGGGUUGGAGGUAAAUCAGGUUUCUCCGGACAUUUAUCAAGUUGGUGACAAUUUAGAACACCACUUUGUGGAUUUUUAUGAAAUGACAUGUACGUGUAGAAGAUUUGAUUUGGACAAGUUUCCAUGUGCGCAUGCAAUUGCUGCAGCAAGGUUUAAAGGAGGCGAGGGCUAUAAAUUAUGGAAUGCAAACUACGUUCAUGUCGUUACAGUAGACAUGAAUGUCGUUCCAGUUCAAAAAUUGAACGAGUUAGAAAUCGUUUUAAUAUCAAUUUUAACUGAAACGACUUUUAUGUCGUUAUUUAUGUUCAUAACGAGUUCUAAGUCGUUACGCAAAAUCAGAGAAGCAGUCUUUAACAUUGAAACGAUAUGA